UGGAGCAGCUGGGAGGUGUACGCCAAAGACCCCGCUAAUGAAGAUAUGUUACGCAUUGUGAGUUUCAAGGUGCCAAGCGGGUGUCUUUGUGAUUCCGAUGCCGAGAACAUUGAAGACCGGAAGCUACAGGACCCAUCUGCUUAUGACAUGGAUCACUGGCUGCAGACGGAAGUGCGUAGGUUGUUUUUGAACGCAGGUGACAUUUACGACACUCAUUCAAUGGGGAAAGACCCAAGAAUGCUGAGGUACCCUGUGAAAAGACAGAUUCACCAAGGAGGAGAGGCAAUGUCAACCGUAAGGAUUCUGGCGCUUAUCCUAUCCAAGGUGGAGCCAUCAGACAGACUUCCCAUUUUCCAGGAAGUGAAGGGGAUUAUGAGUGAGAAAGUAAACUACAUGCGAGAAGCACGAAAGAUAAUCGAGGCGAUCUUUGGCGGGGGCGGGACGGCCGAUGGAACCACAGACGUGGGGUCCUCUGACGGUUCUACUAAAAAGCCAGACGCAAGCCCUCAGCCACAGGAGACCGACGACACCCUUAAAGUCAAAAUAAUACAAUUCUUGUUAAGACGUGCAAUGGCUGAGGUGAUGUGUAACGCAACAGUUGUCGUCAAGUUGGACGAGCACAAGACACCCUCCUUUCUCCCUCAGGAAUUCGUCAAAGAAAUGCAACAGAAUGAAAAAGUCACGCUCUCGCCCAUCGCCUGCCUGCUUGUCUCCACCGCGCUCCGUUGCCGUGACACGGAUGUCCUGCAGGCGAUAAGGGACGGACGCCUCGCCCGGAUGAUCGUGGCCGCCGAGAUGGUUAGCGAAGGCAUUGCGAAGGUUCUGGAUGAUAGUGAUGGCAAAAUUAGUGCGGUCUUCCAAUUGGCGGGUGACAACACUACAGCUGCCUCUCUAACAGCGAUUGAUGAGAACAAAGUUGCAGAAAUUCAGGGUUUCUUUGACAGAGUUCUUGAAGCCACUGGUAAUAGUGGCAGCACGACUGAUACUACUGUGUGGACAACAACAACCGAAAAUGACAAACAAUCAACAUCUGGAAUACCACAGCAAGAGACUACAACUUUGCCACCUGUGACAUCUGAUCCAAUAAUUGUAACGCCGAGCAAGGCACCAGCUUCAGAAGAGCCCACGGGAAACCCAGUGAUCCCUCCUAAAGAGCAGCUCCCUUCAUCAGAAUACAUGAACUUCAAUGACACGGGGGCCGUCCUGAGUAGUUUCUUAAAUGUGACAGGUGAUCCGUGGUUUCUAGUGACCAAUCGGCCGUUGACAGAGACGUCAGCGGGAGGAAAGCCUGUUACAUCAACGACCUCAGUCCCAACUCAGACUAUGAUAGAGAGCGAGACCAUGAAUAUAUCCGAAGUACAGACUGAAGAGACUCGUAAACCUACAACAUUGCCUAGUGGCUUGACAGUGACUGCUGGAACUUCGGAUUUUCCUUCGACAGUGACUGUCGAGAUAUCAGAAAACCCUAUGACAUUUACUGGCUCUUCUGAUACUGUGACAACAGAUUUAUCUUUCUCAGGCACUACUACAUCGUUUACUGAUGAGACACCAUCCUCUUCAUUGGCAGUGACAGAAGAAACUGUAACUGAAUAUCCAGCAUCAGUGACUGAGGGAGAAACUACUGCCUCAGUUGGUGUAAGUACAGAAAUGACAUAUACUGUGCCAUCAACUGAUGUUUCAAAAUCUCAGACUGAGACGACGACGAACACGUUUGCUUCCUCUGUUUCAGAGUCGACGACUGGAUCAAUGAAUGAAGAAACAGAAGGUGAUGACUUUCUAACUUCAGACUCUAUAGCCAUGGGAAUAACUACAGAAGGGACAGUGACCAUGGAAACAGGAACGACAGAAGCAAUAACAGAGACAACCACAACAGAAGAAUUUUCAAGUGAGUCAGUGACCGAAGCAACAGUUACUGGGGAAUCGACUCCCAUAGAAAUAUUUACAGAAGAAACGGCAACAACAGCAAUCAAUGAGGAAUCAACUCCAAGGGAGACGGCAACAGAGGGAACAGUCACAGAGGAAUUAACUUCCGAAGAGAUGGUAACAGAAGGAACACUCAUCACUGAGGAUUCGACGGACAGUGAGACGGCAACUGAGGGCGCAGUGACGCAGGAUUCGACGGACAGUGAGACGGCAACUGAGGGCGCAGUGACGCAGGAAUCGACGGACAGUGAGACGGCAACUGAGGACGCAGUGACGCAAGAAUCGACGGACAGUGAGACGGCAACUGAGGACGCAGUGACGCAGGAAUCAACGGACAGUGAGACGGCAACUGAGGACGCAGUGACGCAAGAAUCGACGGACAGUGAGACGGCAACUGAGGACGCAGUGACGCAGGAAUCGACGGACAGUGAGACGGCAACUGAGGGCGCAGUGACGCAGGAAUCAACGCCCAGUGCGACGGUAACUGAAGCUGCAGUGACGCAGAAAUCGACGCCCAGCGAGACUAUAACAGAAAUCGUGACUAAGGAAUCAACAUCCGUGACCGAGAUAAUAGAAUCGACUACAGAGGCAACUCCGCAAAUUUUACCACAUGAAAUAGCCGAGGACAUUCUUGCUCCACCAGUGAUUCCUUCAGAAGAGGAUUUACCCAAGACUGAAUAUGAACCCUUGAACGUUCCAGUCGAAUUUAUUCUUCACUUUCUUAGUUAAUUCGCGUAUUAUUGUAGUGGAUUGUCCUUCAGCUGGGUGCGCGAUUGCGUGUGCGAUUGUGUGUUUGUAUGUGGGAUGAGUACUGCUCGCAGGAUGUAACAUGGAUAUAUUUAUUUUGUGUAAUUUUGUGAAUAUUUUACUAUUAUUGAAUUUUAUGUAUCAGUUCAGCUAGUUACCAUGACCAUAGGAAAAUCCCUUUGUAAUAUUUAUAUAUAUCGAUGUAUGGAAUAACAUGAAAAUUUUAAUUAAGAAAUACAAGUGAAUAACAACUGUUAAGCAGGUUACGUCAGGUGGUGUGUGUGUGUGCACGUGAGGGGAAAAAUAUUUAAAUUGUAUAAAAUAACAGCAAGUUGGUACAGAAAGUAUUGAUAGCAUUAUUUGUUGGAAAUAUUGUUUUUAUCAUGUUUUAAGAGUUCAUGUUUUGUUAUUAAAACUUUUAUAUAUGCAA